UGAAGUCAAGAGGGAAAAGAGAGUGCCCUCGCCGGACGUUAUAGUGUUAUCUGACAAUGAGCCUUCUAGCCCUAGAAUGAAUGGUUUAACAAAAAUAGCAUUAAAAGAGACCAACACAGAGGCACUCAUGAAGAGCAGCCCAGAGGAGCGUGAGAGGAUGAUCAAGCAGCUGAAGGAGGAGUUACGGUUAGAAGAGGCCAAGCUGGUGCUGUUGAAGAAGCUACGGCAAAGUCAAAUCCAGAAGGAGACCACUACUCAGAAGCCUGCUGGUUCCUCUGGGAGUGCUGUGGCCACCCCUCCGCCCUUGGUGCGGGGCCCGCAGAGCGUUGCUGCUGGCAAGCCAUCCCUCCAGACCUCUUCUACACGUAUCCCAGGCACUGUUAUUCCCCCUCCCUUGGUCCGUGGAGGGCAGCAGACGUCUUCAAAAUUAGGAACUCAGCAGAACACGCAGAUAGUGAUGCCACCUCUUGUCAGAGGAGCUCAGCAAAUCCACAACAUCCGACAGCACUCCAGCACGGGGCCGCCGCCGCUGCUGCUGGCGCCGCGCGCCUCGGUCCCCAGCGUGCAGAUCCAGGGCCAGAGGAUCAUCCAGCAGGGGCUGAUCCGCGUCGCCAACGUCCCCAACACCAGCCUGCUGGUCAACAUCCCGCAGGCUUCACCCACUUCAAUCAAAGGUACAACCGUGACAUCUGCUCAGGCCAACGCCACCACCACCAGCGCCGCGUCCAUCGGCAACUCCAGCGAGUCGCCGGCCAGCCGGCAAGCUCCCGCCAAGCUCGCCCUGAGGAAGCAGCUGGAGAAGACACUCUUGGAGAUCCCUCCUCCCAAGCCCCCGGCGCCAGAGAUGAACUUCCUGCCCAGCGCAGCCAACAACGAGUUCAUUUACUUGGUCGGGUUGGAAGAAGUUGUGCAGAAUCUGCUGGAGACUCAAGGUAAAGUCUCUGUGGCUGUGUCCUCUCGUGAGCCCUACAUGUGUGCUCAGUGUAAGACUGACUUCACCUGCCGCUGGAGGGAGGAGAAGAACGGAACCAUCAUGUGUGAAACCUGCAUGACCUCCAACCAGAAGAAGGCCCUGAAGGCCGAGCACACCAACCGGCUGAAGGCCGCCUUCGUCAAGGCGCUGCAGCAGGAGCAGGAGAUCGAGCAGCGGCUCCUGCAGCAGACUGCCUCCCCUGUGCCCAGCAAGGCCGACCCCAUCGUGCAGCACCACUCCCUCAAGCAGAGUUCUAGCCAGAUGUCUCGAGGUCCUCCUGGAGCUCCCCGAGGAGUGUUGCAUGCAUUUAGCCAGUCCCCCAAGUUGCAGAAUGCCUCGUCUGCAGCAGCACUUGGGAGUAGGCCAGGUAAGCAUGCUGAGAGACCUGUCAGCAAGGGCAGCGCUGCCGCCUGGAAGAAGACUCCCAUCAACACAGGUGGGGCUCUACCCUUUGUCAACCCUAGUUUAGCUGUGCACAAGUCGUCUUCAGCAGUAGACCGCCAGCGCGAGUAUCUCCUGGAUAUGAUCCCCCCACGGUCCAUCCCACAGUCUGCCACGUGGAAAUAAUGCAGAGGAGCGCCCGAGAGGAAGACUUUCCUGUUUCUGCCAUCCUUUUUAUACCACAUUACAGUGGAAUCUGCUUUAAUCCCAGCUGGAUAUGCCCCAGGCUUUAUAGGAUGCAAGAAGACCACUCCUCAUCCCAUCGAGUGCUGCUGUCCCUGCGAUGAAACCGACACCGCGCGGGUGGGAAGGACUCGAGCUCCUCUGGUUCUCACAUUCAGUGACUGAUGAUGAUGAUGAUGAAGGCUGUCAGGGAAAGGG